AAGAUUUCUUACACCAAGCUGAUGGAAAGUUGUAACAAGGAUUACUUGGAUGUGAAGAAUAAGAUGUUGAAAAAGAUUGAGAAGGGAGUAACUCAGAAGGAGGCAAAAUACUCAGCCUACGGCUAUGCUGCAGCGUUGCAGUAUUGGGCAUACGAGGCCAUAUUACAGCUGGGCAACGAGUAUGCAGUGAGGAGGUCGCAUGGCUUUCCGAGAAUGGUCAACUGGGAGAGUAAGCCGAAAACUACACUCGGGAAGGAUGAAGUGACCAGAUUAUUUGCUAAAAAUUUGACAGUGUACUCCGUGUUAUGUCCUCGGCCGAACGAGAUUGAGUUUGUGAGUUACAUAACCGGGGGUCAGCCUCCAUUAUUUGUUGACUUGGAGGAACUUGUGUUGGGUGAGGAUGGGCAACCAACACAGGAUGCUUUGCGAAGCCAGGCCGAAAAGCUUGCCUCCACAUUGGAAGAACGAGCGGAGGCAGCCCGAAUAUUUAAAGACUCUACACCACCUCCACCGUCUCCUCCACGUGCACCGCCCGCAGUUCCAGAUGGGUCUGGUGUUGACCCAUCUCCAGCUUCAGUUCCUGAUGGGUCUGGUGUUGACCCAUCUGCAGCUUCAGUUCCUGAUGGGUCUGGUGUUGACCCACUUGCAGCGUCACAGGGUCCUCCUGUUCCCCCGUCAGCUUCCAUUCCCAGCACCUCGGAGGCUCGCGAUCCAGUAUACCUUGCCAUUUUGGCAAGGUUGGAGACUGUGGAGAGGGGGCAGGCCGCUCUGCUAAGAGGACAAACAGCGAUUAUGGAUCAGUUGAGGACCAUAAUGAUGCUCCUGCAAGAUCCUGGAAGGCCGGCAGCAGAUUCACAGCCACAGCCACAACCGGAAGAGGAGGCUCGGACACCGGAAGAUGACUUCAUUCUCCCAAAUGAUUACCAACCGGAUGAUGAUGACAUGUUCUGUACACCUGAGAAGACGAAUAUCACCAGCAUCGUGGAUACUCAGGAUUCUGAGGUGCAGGUGUUAGAGACAGCUCCAGAAGUCAUGGAGAACCGGAGGAAGAGAAGGCGGCCUAGGUGGUUCGCUGAGUACACUGAAAUGAAGAAGAAGGCUAGGGCUACUUCGACACUCGUGAAUGCGGACCCACUUAGAGUGGUUGAUCGGAAGCUGCUCAAGACUUUUCACAAUUGGGUACUCGGCCAGAUUGGGAAUAAUUACCCGAGAGAGUGCUUCACCGGUCGAUACCAUUCGUCUUGGUUCCUCGAACUGCAUACUCCGAAAUUUUGGCUUGGGAACGAUCAUUUGGAUGCGGCAUUCCAUUUGAUGAGGAGGCGACAACACUUUUAUCCCGAGUCCUACCCGAAUAGAUGUGUCAUAAUGCCGUGUAUUUUCCCAGCAGGAGUUAUUGCUCGGUGGGAAGCUGCGGGUGAUGACCAGGCUAACUAUCAGUGGGACGAGAGCAUAUUAGAUUUGAUUCGAGGGGAUGAAAGUCAAUUCUUGGCCAGUUGGAAGAACAAGGAGAGAAUAUAUAUGGCCCUCUACUUCGAUGGAGCAAAGUAUUGGGUGGCAUUAUUGAUAGAUCUGGAUCAUUGGUUGUUGAACAUAUUUGACUCCAGCCUCGGAUCGAUUUCCCCGAACGAAUUGAACCGUCACCUGGCAAUGUGGGAAAAAUUACUACCAAAUUUGCUGCUGCAGGCUGGCCUAUUCGAGAGUCAUGGCAUGAUCCUCUUGCCUCAACUUACCGCCUCAGAGAGCCAGGUCAGAAAUUUCACUUCAAAAGUCAUGGAUCGGGCCGUUGUUCCACAGACAAAGACAAGCGGUAACUGCAGGAUGUACGUGAUAGAGCACAUCGAGCAUAGUAUGCUGGAGACUACGUUUGAUAAUGUGCACGAUGAGAAUAUGAAGAAAUUUAGAGAGCGGUGGUGUGUAGAUUUGUUUUACCAGAAUUUAGCAUGAACAAAUGUUUUUUUUAUUGGUAUGUUUAUGUUUUUUCAAGAGUUCAUACAAAUUUUACGC